AUGACCAGAAUCGUGAAAUCUGUGAGCGACUUACUGCUGGCCGAUUUCGUGCUGGAGUUCAGGUUCGAGUACCUGUGGCCUUUCUGGCUUUUCAUCAGGAGCGUUUACGAUUCCUUUAGAUAUCAGGGACUGGCGUUCUCCGUGUUCUUUGUGUGUGUCGCAUUCACAUCAGACAUCAUCUGCCUCCUGUUCAUCCCCAAGCAAUGGCUGUUCUUCGCCGCCAGCACGUAUGUCUGGGUACAGUACGUGUGGCAUACAGAGCGAGGUGUGUGUCUGCCGACUGUUUCUCUCUGGAUUCUCUUCGUCUACAUCGAAGCAGCCAUCCGAUUCAAGGAUUUGAAACAUUUUCAUGUAGACCUUUGCCGUCCAUUCGCAGCUCACUGCAUUGGCUAUCCCGUGGUGACGCUGGGCUUCGGAUUCAAGAGUUAUGUGAGCUAUAAGAUACGUCUGCGAAAACAAAAGGAGGUGCAGAAGGAAAAUGAGUUCUACAUGCAGCUCCUACAGCAGGCCCUGCCUCCAGAACAACAGAUGCUUCAGAGACAGGAACGAGAGACAGAGGAGGCCACCUCAAAAGGCAUGUUUGAAGCAGACUCGUUGAUAGUGGCUCAGAACGGCACUGCUAUUACCAAGAAACUGCCUGUCGCUCUGCCUGAACUGGAGUACAAGGAGAAGGGCAAAGACGGGGGGAAAGACAAAAAACAGCAGCAGCAGCACAGCAUAGGAAUAAACAACAACAUCCUACAGACUGUAGAUGCUAAACUACAAGACAUUGAGUAUAUGGAGAACCACCUAAACACUAAGAGACUCAACAACGAGCUUGGCAGCAGUGCCGAGAACCUGUUCCAGAGAGAGGAGGUGGGCGGUGGAGGUGGAGGCGGAGGCUCUGCCACCUCCAAACAUUACAAAAACUCCUCCGGUGGAGGUGGAGGCGGAGGCUCUGCCACCUCCAAACAUUACAAAAACUCCUCCCUCCAUAGCCACAACUCCACCAAUGGCAGCGUACCAUCCUCCUCGUCCAGUAGGAGUGAAAAGAAGCAGAAGUGUGCAGGGAAGAACCUUGCACCUCACAGAGAUCUGAUGGAGAACUGUAUACCUAACAACCAGCUCAGUAAGCCAGAAGCAUUAGUGCGCCUUGAGCAGGAUAUAAAGAAGUUAAAGGCUGACCUGCAGGCAAGCAGACAGGUGGAGCAAGACCUGCGCAGUCAGAUCAGCUCCCUGAGCAGUGCUGAGAGGAGCAUGCGCUCUGAGCUCGGCCAGCUCCGCCAGGAAAACGAGUUGCUGCAGAACAAGCUUCAUAACGCUGUGCAGGCCAAGCAGAAGGACAAGCAAACGAUUGUGCAGCUGGAGAAGCGGCUCAAGGCAGAACAGGAAGCGCGAGCUGCAGUGGAAAAGCAACUUGCAGAAGAGAAGAAAAGAAAGAAGAUGGAAGAGGCCACAGCUGCACGUGCUGUCGCUCUGGCGGCUGCCUCCAGAGGAGAGUGCACAGACUCACUGAGGAGUCGCAUGCGUGAGUUGGAGUCGGAGUGCAAGAAGCUCACACAUGACAUGAAGCUAAAGGAGGAACAAAUCAGAGAGCUCGAGCUCAAAGCGCAAGAGUUACGCAAAUAUAAGGAGAACGAAAAGGACACAGAGGUUCUGAUGUCAGCGCUGUCGGCCAUGCAGGACAAGACCCAGCACCUAGAGAACAGUCUGAGUGCUGAGACCAGAAUCAAACUGGAUCUCUUUUCAGCACUCGGAGAUGCCAAGAGACAGCUAGAGAUUGCUCAAGGUCAGAUUUUGCAGAAGGAGCAGGAAAUAAAAGAGUUGAAGCAGAAGAUCGCAGAGGUCAUGGCAGUCAUGCCCAGCAUCACCUACUCGGCAGAGACCAACAGCAUGACCCCUGUGACCCCACAUUACUCCUCCAAGUUCAUGGACACCAGUCCUUCCAGCUUGGACCCCAAUGCCUCCAUCUACCAGCCGCUCAAGAAGUGAAUGUCCAAUCACAUCGUCCACUUUGCUCUUUGAUAGUUCAGUAUGCAAAGCAAUGGGAUGGGGUAGUAUUUUUGUUUGAUUUACCCUUCCUCUGUUAGUAUGGCUCUUCUUUGUUGUUGAUAAAAAAUAAGUGGAGGAAUAGAGAGGGAAAAAAAUUCGAAAAAGGGAUGUCUCAUUGACCAGAACUGCCCUCCUUGUGUUUAAGGUUACUUUUGAAGCUCUUACACCUAAAAUCUUUUCUUGGUAACGGCACUUUAGCCUGUUGUGGUUCUUUUGUCGUCCUCCAUACGUUUUGUAUGGAGGUCUUUAUGAAGAUCUUUCUUGAUUUUAUUUAGCACCUCCUCAUCUAUGUGUUGAAUCUGAACAGUUUUAUGUGGCAGAAAAGGUGGCAUGACUUCUUUUACUCUCCUGGUAUAAGCGUACCAUCUUUAAGUUAAUCGAAUGUAAUAGGGAAAACGUAUUGAGAUGAGACCGAAGUAUUUGUGAUGGAAAAACAUUGUGUUUGUUGCAAUGGAGUGAUUAAGAAUGCAUUUCAGUUGAAGUAUGACCAUAGUAUUGUACAUCUCUGUUUUUCAAGGGAGGCAAAAAGCAUUUCAUUACAGAUGUUGGAUCUGAAAUUGGAAAUAUUUUAGGUUUCUGUUCCUCCCGUUGCUGUUUUCUAAGAAGUCGAAGACUUGGGGGAAAAAAAAACCCAUGUAUUUAAAAAGGGACUGAUGUUCACAUUGUAUUUGUUGACAAAAAUGCUGCAUAAAUAUUCGGGAAUGUUGUCGUAUUUUGCAGUCAAUGCAAGUCCUUUUUGUUACUGGACAAAAUUGAAAUAGAAUUUAGUUGAAACCAGUUGAAAAGCUGAACAUAUGAUGUCUUGUUUGCCAGUUGUUAUGUUACACAGUGCCUUGAAAUAUCUUGUUUAAUAUAUUGUCACACACUUCCCAUGCCAUAUUCGCCCAUGCCUAGAAUCCAUUUGAUUGGUCAGCACAGCACAUGACCCGAUUAUUUUU